AUGUUUUCUAAAGCUUUAUCCAGGAAUCAACAAGAUAUUUUCCUUAGAAAGUUUAGGAGGGAUGAAUAUUGUAUGUGGAUGGAAUUGGAAAAUAGCAGGUUUGGGGAGUUUGCCAGGAUUACACAAAUGAUGAAUAAUGGUAAAAGAAAGGGUUUGAUUAUUCCCCAAGGCUCCCAAGGCAUUGGAUGGAAAGGGUUUAGAGGAUUAAUGGAGGAUGCUUUUUCAGGUGGAAGGAAUACUCUGAUACAAGAAGAAGAAAAUCAAAGUCUGAUGGUGGUAUCAAAAUGUAGAGUCAAAGAGCAAGAAAAUGGGGCAUGGGCUGAGAUGCAUAAGGAAAAUACUCCUGCAAAUGUUAAGGGGUAUGAAAAUAUGCUUAAAGAAGAGGUUAAAUGGAGCGAUGCUAUGCUUGCUGCGAGAGAGUGGUAUGACAAUGCUGAGUUGGAGAAGAGUUUGGAGGAUUCAUUAUAUUGCUAUGAUAUUGAUAACGAGAGAAAGAUACAGACUGAUGAGGUAUAUGGUGAUAUUGCGAGAAUGUUUACCGAUGAUAAGUUGAUAUCUGUUCAAGAAGAAGGUAAUAUGAUACUCCAUCACGAAUCUAAGGUAAUUUGCAAUGUUUUUCCUUGUACUUUAGAAGGUAAUAUUUCCCAAAAAAAACCACUGAUGGUUUCUCCUAGGGCUGUUCUUUUUUCCGGGGACGGGCGUGUCAAUGUCGGUGUUCAUUUUGGUGAUUUUAAUGUUUCAAGGGGUGGGAGUGUCAAUAUCCGUAUUGGUUCUGGGUCUGAUUGUGUUGCUGGAAUGACAUGGAAUUAA